GAGAGUCCCGGGGACGACUACAGGGCGUAUCGAUAUAAGCUGGGAGUAGGGGAAGGCAUGCACGAUCUACCGCCGGGGAAGGCGUUGCCCUUGGAGAUCAAUUGCGAUUACCUGCACGGCGUUAGUUUUCACAAGGGCUGCUACAUCGGCCAGGAGCUGACCGCGCGCACGUAUCACACGGGCGUAGUUAGGAAGCGCUUGAUGCCCCUGUUGUUCGACACCGUUGUCGACCAGCCGUUCGCGUACGAUGAGAAAAUUCUCAACGAAUCGGGCAACGCGGUAGGGAAGUUCCGUGGGUGCGUCGCCAAGUACGGAUUAGGCUUGAUGCGUAUAAACGAAUCUCUUAAUGCCCGGCAGCUCAGUGUGUCCG